AUGGUUUCAUUCCUCCGGCUGACCUUGGCGGCGAUCUACUGCCAGCAUUUGAUCGCUCAGACCAUGCCAUUUGAUGCACGAGAAGCGACAAUCGAAUCUGUUCACCAUGCUCUUUACUCUGGACUUUCCACUUGCCGCGAAGUAGUAUCGUCGUUCAUCGCAAGGAUCGAAGCUCAUAACAACCUGACAAACGCGAUAAUAACCCUAAAUCCAAAUGCUUUGUCUAUUGCCGACAGUUUGGAUGAGCAGCUAUCAGUGGGUAAUGCUACCGGACCUCUUUUCUGCAUCCCUAUUCUUUUGAAAGACAACUAUGAUACCGCGGAUAUGCCUACAACAGGUGGCAGCCUUGCACUUGCAGACUCCCGUCCAACAGAAGACGCGCCGAGUGUAGUCGCCUUUAAGAAUGCUGGAGCUGUUAUCUUGGGUAAAGCGACUCUACAUGAGCUCGCUUUGGAAGGCAUCAGCGUAUCCUCGUUGGGCGGACAGGUCAUCAAUGCCUAUGAUUCGACGCGAACACCUGGAGGUAGCUCUGGUGGAACGGGAGCAGCGGUUGCAGCUUCUUUUUGCGUCUUCGGCACAGGAACAGAUACCGUCAAUUCACUGCGCAGUCCUGCGUCAGCAAACUCGCUAUGCAGCAUCAGACCUACGCGAGGCUUGAUUACUAGGACUGGGAUUAUUCCAAUCUCCUUCACUCACGAUACCAUUGGGCCGAUUGGGAGGUCAAUCAAAGACAUUGCGGUCGCUCUCUCGGUCAUGGCUUCCACUGGAUACGAUUCAGCGGAUAACGCAACAGCACUUGUACCAUCGGCAAAUCGUGCUGUCAAUUAUGCGACUUCCCUAACUACUGGGACUCUCAAAGGUCUGCGCCUGGGUGUCUUGAACGGCUUUUUCAAUCGCACAAACUCGUCCGAGGUUACUCCAGUAAACAACGCGAUGGAUGCCUUAAUGUCUCGUCUGGACGCCGAAGGUGUGACUUUAAUUUCUAUCAACGAGACAAUCUACAACGCGACCGCCAUACAAGCCCAGCUCGAUGUGCAGCGCUUCGAGUACCGUGAGCUCAUGGAUGCAUAUCUCCAGCGCCCUUCCCUUUCUGGCGACCAUCCCAAUACGCUCACUGGGCUGUACUCACGUCGAGCAGUCAACGGUUCCGGUGGCGAGUUCCUUGUCAUUCCAUCACAGUAUGAAUAUGUCAACACUGCGCUUGUCUCAUCGACCAGCAACGCCACAUACCUGCAGCGCCGUCAAGGGAUCCAGAACCUUACUCUUGCCCUCCAAAACACUCUCGCUGCCAACGAUCUUGAUGCGAUCAUCUACCCUGAACAAAAGAACCUUGUCGUAAAGAUUGGUUCGGCAUCGCAAUCCGGUCGAAACGGCAUCCUGGCCGCGCUAACCGGCGUACCCGUUGUUACUGUCCCAGCCGGUUUUUCGGAACCAAGCAACGAUGCGCCGAUCGGAGUGCCGAUCGGUAUGGAGAUCUUAGGGCAGCCAUGGGAUGAGCAAAAGUUGUUAGGGAUCGGGUAUCAGAUCGAGCAGUUGCUGAAGAUCAGAAGAGCCCCAGUUUGGGCAAGAGAGAGUGUUGAAGUCCCGGAGUAUACGAGUGUACCGAUUGUGGAACCUGAUCGGGGACAUAUUCCUGCUGCAUAUCCAUUGGGGACGUUGUAG